UGUAAGGCGUAACGUGAGUGCGGAUGAUAAAAACAUCAAAAUAAAUAAAUAAUAUAUGUAUGUGCUAAACAAUUGCUUAUGUGAAACAAAGUCAUUAGGUGUACACUACUGGUGCCAAACCAAAUAAAUCAGUUUAGUUAAAGCUGAAAAAUACAAAUAUGCUUGGCUACUUAUAGUUGUUAUUAGUUUAGUGUUUGUGUGCGUGUGCAGUGUCUUGAGUGUAAAUUGAGUGCAUUUCACUCAAUUUGAGAACAAAUUUCAACUACUAAUAGUAGUCUACUAUACUGGAAAAUAAUAAGCAGUAGCCCUCCCGCCUUUGUUUGUCGUGCUUGCUGAUUAAGCGACUGUUGCGCUCUUGACUCACUCCCAUAUCGUCGACAGCGAGGCUAAUCCCUGUUUAUAUUUAAAUGACUAGCACUGUGGCUUCAGUUCCAGUGAUGAUUUGAAUUGCAGCAAUUGCAGUUAUAGCAGUUACUGCCACACACAUCGUUAGUGUUUAAGCCACCACGCACCAUGCUGCAGUUGAAUUGGAGUUUGGCGCUGGCGCUGCUAACGCUAGCGAGCUUAGCAUUAGCUGAGCUCAUAGAUUUGGAUCAGUUGGAAGGACCGAAUAUAUGCAAAAAGCGUGAAAACUAUGAAGUGGACGUGGUUGUUACGGAAAUGCAAUCGUUCCAGGAGAGAGACAGCGUCUUUUGUCUCAGCUUGACGCUCAAGUGUCCCACCUAUCGCAUCAAACAUCGCAUUGUGAAUAAAACUCAAACGCUGACCAAGUCGCGCAUUGUACGCGACUGCUGCGACGGCUACGAGCGCAGCGGCAACGAGUGCGUGCCACACUGCAGCAAACCCUGCCAGCAUGGCAAAUGCAUUGCUCCGGAGAAGUGCAAGUGUAGCGAAGGAUACGGUGGACCAGUCUGCAAUAUAAAUUGCUCGCCGGGUCUGUAUGGCAUCGACUGUAAGCAGCAAUGCGAUUGCCUAAACAACGCCACCUGUGAGCCCUACACGGGCGAGUGUGAGUGCGCCAAGGGCUACACGGGCGAGAAGUGCGCCGAGAACUGUCCGCCGGAUCGCUAUGGCGAGAAGUGUGCGGAGUUGUGUCGCUGUGAAAAUGGCGGCAGCUGUCACCAUGUCUCCGGCAAAUGUUUCUGCGCCCCCGGCUACACGGGUCCCUUAUGUGACAUGCGCUGUCCGGACGGCAAGCACGGCGAUCAUUGCGAGGAAGAUUGCCGCUGCCAAAACGACGGCAAGUGUGAUCCGCAUAACGGUGACUGCGACUGCACCGAGGGCUGGACGGGCGAUGUCUGCGCCAACAAGUGCCCCACCGGCAGCUACGGAUUGAGGUGCGAACGCUCCUGCGAGUGCUUCAACGAUGCGCCCUGCCAUCAUAUAACCGGACAAUGCGAAUGCCCGCCGGGCUACAUGGGCGAGCACUGCGUCGACGAGUGUCCGUUCAAUAGGUACGGCGUCAAUUGCACGGAGCAGUGCCACUGCGAAAACGACGCCACCUGCAGUGUGCACGGCAAGUGCAUCUGCACUCCAGGCUGGCAGGGCGAGCACUGCGAGGAGCGCAUCUGUGAGAUCAACAAAUACGGCGUGGACUGCAACAAGACCUGCGAAUGCGAAAUGGAGCACACGGAACUCUGUCAUCCGGAGACGGGACGCUGCAAGUGCAGCAUUGGCUGGAGCAGUGCUCAGUGCACGCGUCCUUGCCCCUUCCUCAAGUACGGCAUCAACUGUGAGCAGAACUGCAAUUGCCGCAACGGCGCCAAGUGCUCGCCCACCGACGGCAGCUGCAUCUGUGCGCCGGGCUUCAGCGGCGAGCGCUGCGAACAGAGCUGCGGCCCCGGCACCUACGGCCAGGAUUGUGCCCUCAACUGCGACUGCCAAAACGGCGCCACCUGCGCACCGGAGACGGGCCAAUGCCUCUGCGCGCCCGGCUGGCGGCACAACAAAUGCGAUCGUCCCUGCGAGCUCAACAAAUACGGCCCCGACUGCACCAGCAGCUGCGAGUGCCGCAACGAUGCCGCCUGCAAUCCCAUCAACGGCACCUGCACCUGCGCCGCCGGCUGGACGGGCCAGCGCUGCGAGCAAAAGUGCACCACAGGCAGCUACGGCACCAACUGUGCCCACAAAUGCAAGUGCGACGAAUACAAUUCCAUUGGCUGCGAUGCCGAGACGGGACGCUGCAUCUGCAAACAGGGCUACAAAGGCGUUCAUUGCGAGACCAACUGCCAAAGCGGUUUCUAUGGUGAGAAUUGUGCUAAAGUUUGCAGAUGCCUAAACAACUCCUCGUGUGACAACGACUCUGGCGACUGCAUCUGUGCGCCCGGCUGGUCCGGCGCCUAUUGCGCUGAUCCCUGCCCCGAGGGCACCUACGGCAUGGAGUGCCAAGAGCGCUGCCCAGAGAAUCUACACGGCAAUGCUACAUGCGAUCACAUCACUGGUCAGAUGCACUGCAGCCCUGGCUACAUGGGACACGCCUGCCAGCAUGCCUGCCCGCCCGGCUUCUAUGGACCCAAAUGCAUGCUCAAGUGCAGCUGCAAGAACAACGGGGAAUGCAAUCAUGUGACUGGUCAGUGCCUGUGUCUGCCCGGCUGGACGGGCGCCAACUGCAAUCAGUCCUGCCCGGAGGAUACCUAUGGCCAGGACUGCAGUCGUCAUUGUCGCUGCCAGAAUCAUCGCGUCUGCCGCAAGAACGACGGCCACUGCAUCUGUCUGCCCGGCUGGAUGGGCGAUCAGUGCCAGGACAUAUGCCCAGAGGGCUUCUACGGCGAAUUCUGCACGCAGUCCUGCGCCUGCCCCACCUCCAAUUUCCAGUGUCAUGCAGCGAACGGUUGCGUCUGCCGCAUUGGCUACACCGGCGAGAACUGUGACGAGCCCAUUGCCUGGAAGCACAUGGCAGCGCCUGUGGAAGAAUCUCACAAUGCUGGCAUGGCCCUGAGCGUGGUGCUCCUGGUGAUCUCUAUAGCCGUCAUUGCGGCGCUGCUGCUUUAUUAUCGCCGACGCAUGUCGAAUCUAAAGACAGAGAUUGCCCAUGUGCACUAUACGCACGAUACCAAUGGCCUGGGCUGGCCCCCAGCCAAUCAUAACUUUGAUAAUCCUGUGUACGGCAUGCAGCCAGAUACGCGUCUGCUGCCGCAUCAGCUGCGUCCCAAGAUGAACAACUUUAACCAGAAUGGCUCGCUAUGCACGGACUACGGCGACGACUCGAAUGCCAGCAGCAGAGUGGGCAGUUACUCCAUCAACUACAAUCACGAGCUGCUCAACAAGAACAUGAAUGCGGAUAUGACAAAUCCGAAUGUGUACAAUGCCAUAGGCGAUCCGCUUAAGGAGGAGCACGUCUACGAUGAAAUCAAACAGAAAGAAGGCUACAAGGAUCCCGUGAAAAUUUAUAGCAAGAUCUUGUUUCCGGAGGAUGAAUACGAUCACUUGGACUACUCGCGGCCCAGCACUUCGCAGAAGCCGCACUACCAUCGCAUGAACGACACCAUGCUGAACAUUAAUCUAAACGAGGAGAAGCCCAGCAAUGUGAAGAACAUGACCGUGCUGCUGGAGGAGAAGCCCGAAGCGCCAGUGGAAACGGAGGCGCAGCACGAUAGCUUUGAUAAUAACAAUUUGGACAAUGCGUCAACAGCAUCGCCCAGCUCUAGUCCGGACCUGAGCAAAUAAACUUUUGCAGCUGGGCUUACAAUAUGAUUUCAUUAUAAUGAUAUUUUUAAAUGAUUGUCAGUAAUUGUUUAAAGCAUUAGAAUUGUUAAGUUAUAUUAAGUUGUGUACAUUUUGUGUAGCGUCUGCUUUUCCUUUUUCAAUGUGUAUUUGUCUAUUUGUAUUCAGGCAUUUUAACGUUUUAGCGUCAACUAUGUAAUUGUAAAUUAUAUUUUAGGUCCCUUUACAACCCAGCGCUGCAUUUAAGUGUUGCGUCAAGUGUGCCGACUUUUUGUAAAUGUUUAUAAUAUAUAGUUUUGUUUUUCAACCAUUGUAUUCAUGCUCAUGUAUGCUCAUUUAGUUUAACAUACCAUAUACAUACAGGCAUAUAUAUUUAUAUACACAUAUAUACAUUUGUAAUCUUCCUUUUUUAAGAAAAUUUGUGCUGUUAAAAAAAAAAAUGUAAAUCGAUACCUUUAGCUCUCUAACCGAGACUGGCAAUAAUUUUGGCAAUACCCAAUACAUAUACAUGUGCAUAUGGUAUACAUAAGCAAAUAUAUAUAUUUGUAUAACAACAAGAAUUGAAUUUUAAACGUUACAAAAUAAUUGUGAAAUUUAUAUGUCAAAAUAAAAACAGUUAAAUCCACAUUAACUGCAAGCGAUUGGCCAAAAUAUUUGUUAGCAUAAAUAUUUCUAGUUAAAAUAUUGGCAUUACAUAUUUUGUUUAGAAAUAUUAAAUUGUAUUCACAGUAGUAGAGUGUAAGUUAAAGCUCAAGUUAAUGCUGUCUUACAAAGGCAAAAUAAAAAACAAAAUUAUUUAAA